AUGUCCUGGAAAUUUGCUUUACAGUCCUACAUAAGGAAUCCACAAGAUUUUGGGAAAGAAGAGGUUGUUUUCUUCGAUGACGAAGUAGCUAUAAUACAUGAUAAGUUUGCUAAAUCAGUAUGCCACCUGCUGGUAAUAGUCAGAAAUAAAUCGCUUAGCUCAAGUCAUCCCACUAUAGCUCUAAAAUAUGAAGUGAAGGAUAAGUUAGCAAAAUAUAUCGCAAAAGCACAGGACUAUGUUUAUGAUUACUUUACAAAGCGGUUUAAGCCUUUGAAGUUGCAACCAUACUUCGAUAGUAAGGAAAGCUUCCAUGACAAAGAGUCCUUCAUCGAGAAUUUCAUACAAGUUGGAGUUCACAGCGUCCCCUCCAUGGCGAAUUUACACAUUCAUGUGAUGACCAAGGACCUGAACUCGGAUCGCUUAAAGAAUAAGAAGCACUACAACUCUUUUACCACCGAUUUCUUUGUAAGUUGGGAUAGACUACCAUUAAGUCAAAUUGCAGAUGUCAAAACCACGGAGAACCGCUGGCUGAAAGACCAUGAUUUAAUAUGUCAUUAUUGCGGUAGGAACUUUGAUAGCAAGUUCUCCAAGCUGAAGCAGCAUCUGACGGAAGAGUUUGAUAAUCAUUUUGCAUCAGUUUGA